AUGUACAACGGUCUCGCAUUUUACGCCACAAGCGCCCGUGGUCCGUCGACACAAUAUGGCGCCGUCUUGUACAUUUCCUGUCAUCAGCUUGACCUUGAUGUCUUUCGAAUGGUCUCCAAGAACCCUCUUCUCAUCGGCGGUGUACGCGAACUGGUUAUCGAUGACACCACUGUCCCGCCCUCGGUCCGCGACUGGCCCACGUAUCAGAAGGUGGUCACCUUUCCACAGGAUCCAAAUGACCGACGCGACCACUUGGAACUUGGCGAAGGCGAGACCCUUGAGCCUCGUUGGAUGAACGGGCAGCCUUCGAAGGUCAAGCCCAGCGAAGAGGCCUGGAAGCCCUUCAACAGCAUCGCCGAAGGUCAUCAUGACAACCGCCUGGCCCAUGCAGAUUUUGACGCGCUCAAGGGGGCACUUCACCGUCUCAAGAACCUUGAGGGCCUCGUGGUUUCUAACCGCAUGGCCGCUGAGUACUACUCCGACGGGGGCGCCCAGAGCAGAGUUUCAUCAAGCCCCGUAGCCAAGUUGUGGAGGCGCCUCGAUUCUGAAAGAAAGGAACAUGUGCCUUUGGCACCGAGAUGCGAUUGGCAUCCAACCACCCAAGGCCUUCAGGACAGAACAACAGUCAACACUAUGGACUGGCUCGAUGACAGACUGGUGUACGAUAUCACGAAAAACGGCGUCUCAAACAUGACUGCGGUUCAGUCUACGUAUGACCACUUUUUUGAGCAGCAAAGUAACGAAACUUUCAAACAAGACCGCGCCGAAUUUCUGUUUGACUCUCCUAGUUCCGAACUUCGCAUCCUGGCACGCGAGGCGCGAGUGAUAUUUCUCGCACUCCUCGUCCUCGAAGACCCCAAGCUGCAGUCUCAACUGACUGAAUUCCGAGUCGAUGCGACUUACAACAUAUGGUCCAGAGGUCAUCAGCCCGGCUUGGCCAUCACUCUAUUCGACCAACAGUCCCCAUUCGCCGCACGACUUGGAAGCGGGUUUGCGGCAGCAACAAACAUUACCAAGUUCGACCUCACGCUCAGCAAUUUCCCGGACGGUACUAUUGGCGACGCGAUUGUGGAGGAAGGCAAAGUCCGCCGUAUCUUUGAGUCCAUGAUGUUCCUCGACUUCGUCCGACGUCACGGUGGCACGUUGCAGACGCUCAUCAUCGAACAUUGCAGCCUCAGGCCCUAUGAUAAAGACCUGCCGUGGUGGAAAGCCACCGAUCAGCUGACUGAGUUCCACGACCAAGGCAUCCUACAGCUAGAAGAAGGGUCUGACAUUGACAACGUGUCCGAGGGUGUUCCUAUUACCGACUGUGGAAGAAAUGGGUCGCUGCAGGAUCUCGGACAGAUCUUGAAGUAUGACGAGGACGGGAAGUGGGAUCGCUGGCUGAAUGCGCAGGAAGAGGAAGUCAAUGAGAUGCUACAAUAUCGUCAUAAAGUGACGAAUCUUUGUCAAAAUUGUAGAAAGUUUAGAUCACAGCCAUAA